UCACCGUGGUAUGUGCUAGGUAGAGUACGGGUACUAGUUUAAAAAUGAAACACAUUUUGGUAAUGAUGGUUUUACUUGCGGCUAGUGUAUCACUAACAAACAGCACAUUAGGAAGGCUAAGAAACCACAUCGAGCCGAUAUUCAAUCACUUCAAAAAGAAGUUUUCCCAUCACGAAAAAUUCUUGCAUCCUUUCUUUGAGAAGUUCCACGUCCACAAGCAUGGACCUUUCCGCGAAAAAGAUGUGCAUUACAGUUUUGGACAUUUCGAUCAUUCUAUUGGCCCCUAUUUCCACGGCGGUGGAUUCGAUUAUGGCCAUGGAUUCGGCUACGGUCUUGGAUUUGAUCACGGGCUUUAUGAUCAUGGACUUUAUGAUCACGGAUUACACGGAUUCGAGCCUUACACUUAUGGACAUGAGCACCACCACAUCUUCAAGUAGCAUGUCAUUUUUAUUUUAAUUACCUACUUUUUUACCUAUUAAUGAUGAUCAUAAAUAGAGCUUGGAAAAUA